UUUUGUUGUUGUUGUUGAUCUGUUUGCCGCUCGGCCAUGGCAGUUCCAACAGCAGCCGCAACAACCUCGGCUGUCAGUGCAGCAGUCACAGCCACGGCGCCCGUCAUUGUGCAGUACAUUGCCAUCCGAAGAGACCUGCUCAAAACGCUCAAGUGGACGUUCGGAUCCGUCGCGACACAGGCCUGCCACGCGUCCAGCGCCGCCAUCUGGACGUUCCGAAAGCACCCUUGCACGGAGGAGUACCUGAGCGACGAGCAGAUCGACCGCAUGCACAAAGUGGUGGUUGAAGUCGCAGAUGAAGCCGCUCUGUGGCAACUCGGAGAUCAGCUGAAGGAAAAGAACAUCGACCAUAAACUGUGGCUGGAGCAACCGGAAGCCAUUCCCACAGCCAUCGCAACACGACCGUACGUCAAGUCUGAGAUUCAAGAUGUAUUCCGACCCUUCAAACUCUUCCGUUAAGAGCCGUACCAAGCAGGAACGGCAUCAGCUGACCCAAACUAACAUUGUUAUUGUUUGAGGCGACAUGCAGAUAUCUCGCGUUCAAAAACACAAAAGAAUUUUGGAUUGCAACUU